CAAUCAGAGUUGACAAACCGGCGAUGCUAUUGCGUCAGAGAGGCCGAGCCCCCAGUUUUCACCUUGGGACCGGAGAGAUUUCCAAAACAACAACGUGAGGCACCGGAGUUUCCUGACGAUUUAAAACUUUCUAAACGCCACAGACUCGCUAGAUUUCGCAAGAAGGGGAAAUCAGAAAGAAUCUAAAGAUGCCUGGGGAAGAAGCCACCUCCCCAUCUGAAGGUGUGAUGGUGAACGGUCACCUGGAGAAGAGUAACAGCAUCCCUGCAGAGGAGGACUUGUUCGACCCCAUGUGCGACCCCGACAAUCCCAUCGUUGUGAAGUUCCAGGAUGUCAGCGCAGCUGCGUACAAAAUCAGAAACGGCAUUGAGAGAACGCCGUGCACUAAAUCAGUACAGCUGUCAGCACUAACAGGAAUCGACCUGCACUUCAAAAAGGAGUUCCUACAGCAGACAGGAAGCUUCAAAGAAAGAGGGGCACGGUACACCCUCAUGGCUCUUACAAAGGAACAGAAACAGAUAGGUGUUGUAGCAGCGUCCGCAGGAAACCACGCCCUAGCCUUGUCUUACCAUGGCAACCAACUUGGCAUCCCCGUUACCGUAGUGAUGCCCAUCAUCGCACCCCUGAUGAAGGUCAACCUGUGUCGACAGUACGGCGGGAACGUUAUCGUGAAGGGAGCAGAUAUCGGAGUGUCCAGGGCUCACGCUCUGAAGAUUGCAAAGGACUCAGGGAUGGUUUACAUCAACGGCUACGAUCACCCCCACAUCCUGGCAGGCCAGGGUACCAUGGGGCUGGAGAUCGUGGAGCAGGUGUCCGACAUUGACGCAGUGGUCAUCCCCAUCGGGGGAGGGGGUCUGAUUGCUGGAUCAGCCCUGGCUAUCAAGAGUCUAUACCCCAGUGUUAAAGUUAUUGGAGUAGAGUCGGAGAGAUGUGCUGGCUUCACAGAGUCUAUGAAGGCUGGGAAGGUCGUCACUGUAGGAGCACAGUCUACACUGGCUGAUGGUCUUGCUGUUCCCACAGUCGGGGUUAACGCUUUUGCCACAGCCAGAAACUACAUUGACCAAAUGGUCACAGUGGGGGAGGAGUUUAUUGCCCUGGCAAUCCUGAGGCUGGUGGAGAUGGAGAAGGCCGUGGUGGAGGGCGCGGGCGCCACGGGGCUGGCCGCUGUGCUGGCAGGACUGCUGCCCGAACUCAAGGGGAAAAGGGUGGUGAUUCCACUGUGUGGAGGCAACAUUGACACCACAGUUCUGGGGCGCUGCAUCGAGAGGGGGCUGGCGGCGGACGGAAGACUCUGUAGAUUUGUCGUAACCGUUAGCGACAGACCGGGUGGAAUUGCCGAGCUGUGCAAGAUCAUCGCAAAGUUAGGAGUCAGCCUUAAAGACAUCUUCCACGAGCGAGCGUGGCUCACAUCUGACAUCUUCAGUGUACAGGUCAAGUGCAUUGUGGAGACACGAGACUUUGAUCACGCCGAGGAACUGAGGACAACACUGAUGAAUAGAUACCAGCGUGUGGACUGGGGACCCCACAGCGCCACCUUUCGUUAAGCAGCAGUAUUGCAGAAUAUUGGGUAAAGUGUGUGGUGGAGACACGUGACAAAGAACAUGCAGAGCAACUUCAGACAGAACUACGAAGUCGCUAUGGUAACGUCACCUGGGGCCCCGACUUUUACCACCACUCCCCCGCACAACCACCGCAGGUGUCAUCUUCAACUGACUGGACUGACUGUCAGGAUCAAGACCCUUGAUGCUAAGACAUGGUUGUGUCUAAAUAUUGUACUUAUGUACUGAUUUUCUUUAACCAUGCCAACAGCAAGAGGGGAAUGAUGCAUUUUCUUAAAGACUUGUUUAAGUGCCCUUAGCAAAAAGCAAAAAAAAAAUAAUUGCACCAAUAGCACAUUCCAAAAAUGCCAUUUAGUAGGAGCAAAAUAUGACAGAGCAUUGCCUUCUACAUUUGAAUGUUUCCGAGAGCAUCAGGUUUUGAAUACAUUUUGUUCAAAAAUACCUUGUCCCAACUCUGACUAUUCCGGCUUUUACGUCUAAGGUAUGUCUAAGGUGUAUCAGCUUUGAUGAUGACAUAUGAUGAGAUAUCCUCAGUUUACAACGUAAGAAAUGAUACAUUUUUAUGUACAUUUUUUCUGAGUGUUUUUGGUCUUCUUUGCAUGUUCUUUCAUGCUUUCAGUAUUAGCUUGCACACCAAUCCCCAUUGUGUUAUUAUGAAAUUGCAAACAAGCAGAAUUUUCUUUUCAACUAAUUAAGUUUCCUUCAAUUAAUAUGUUUUGGUCCCUAAUUUUAUUCUACAAUGGAUUGUAAAUGGUCGGAAUGUCAUUUUUGUGUAUUUUCUAUGCAUAGAUGUUGUGUAGUAUUUUGUGUUUUGGUUUUAAGUUAAAUCUAGAUGAUAUUCAUCUAGUGCAUCAAUGUCUGGUUGUAAGAUUUUUUUUCUUGUUUUGAAGACAACUGAAUACUUUGAUCAAGUAUCAUGAAAUAGCAAGUCUUGGCACACAUUGAUAAUAAUAACAGUGAAAAUGAGCCACCUGGAUUUUGUAGUUACAUGUAUUUGUACACAUUGAACUAUCUGUCAUUUUCAGGAUUUUGAAGCAAAAUUUUAACUAUCCAACAAUGUAUCAAUUGUUGAGUAUGAAGGAAUGUGGUAUUCACUCACGCACAUGUACCUAGUAGUCCUUAAUAAGUAUUUGCUUAGGCGGUAGGGCCAGUGGCCAUUAGACAAGCAAAAUGUGAAAAUCAAAUAUCCAAUAUGUAAAUUUCUACAUGGUAACAAAUCAUAACAGAUCAGGAAAAAUAGAAAUAUGCUUGUAUUAGGUUGUCAUUCAACAACAUCAGUGUAUCUGACCAAAGUGGGCAAAAGAGUUCUGUGUGUAUUCUAGAUAUGUCUCAGGUCAUAAAAGCCAUUAUUGUUGUUUCUGGUUUAAGAAAACUACAAAAUGGUGUCCUUAAAAGUAUGCUAUCAGGCAGUCAUACCAUAUAACAUAUAGUGCAGAUAUUUAACAUCUAUUUUUGGAAGUGAAAUAACAUGGUGUCAGGAGGAUGUAAAUUAUUAUGUGUAUCUUGUGUAUACAUGACAUGACAUGUAAGAGCUUUUAUAGUUUCUUCACUGACAUCAAUGUUGCAUGUGCUGCAAAAGUGUACUAGGGCAUUGCAGAACAAUAAACGUACUUUGGGAACGA